GUGAUGUAUAAUGAUGUCCAGCGAUGUCCAGUGAUGUAUAAUGAUGUCCAUUGAUGUAUAAUGAUGUCCAGUGAUAUGCAAUGAUGUCUAGCAAUGCCUAGUUGCGUGUAAGGAUGUAUAUUGAUAUGUUAUGAUGGGUAUCUAUGAUGAAUUAUGGCUAUUGAUGUAUAUAUGCCAGCUAAAAACAAGUGCGAUUUUACUAUUGGUGUAUACUGGACAUAAACUUAUUACCACAAGUAUAUCCUUCACAAAAUGGCGACUUUGUCAGAGAGUGAUAAACGAAUACUUGAAAUUAUUUUCAAUCCAAACCAAACAUUUGGUUAUGAAACUCAAGCGAACGAAAACCAGAGAACAGAAGAACAUAUUCAAAAUGGCCACGUGGAGACAGAGGCCGAAAUAAAAGCAAAAGAAUUGGAAAUGAUGGCUGUGCGUCAUGCAGAACAAGGAGAUAUUGAAAGUGCAUUGAGCUUGUUGAAUGAGGCGGAGAAUUAUUGUUCUGAAUCACCAUCUGUGUACAAUAAUAGGGCUCAAGUGCUGUUACUCAAAGGUGACAAAGAGUCUGCAAGUUCAGAUCUUGAUAAGGCUCUUGAACUAAGUCACUAUGAGGGAAAUGUAGCGGGUCAGGCGUUCACACAACGAGCUUUGAUUCACAGACUGAAUGGUGACGACGAUGCAGCAUUAGAAGACUUCAAAAAAGGUGCGAAAAUGGGAAAUUCUUUUGCUAAAUCACAAAUUGCAGAAAUGAAUUCAUACGCUGCCCUUUGCAAUCAAAUGCUUGCUCAAGCUAUUGAUAAACUAAGAAAGGGGGAGUCUGAUGAAUGAUGAAGACUAAAUAAAUAUU